CAAGGGCCAAGGAAGAAUUGAAGAACACACAAAAUUAUCAAUUGCUGAAAAGAAUGGAGCCACGCCUUGUGGCAAUAUUUUUGUUGGCUCUUUCAUUCUCACCAUUUGUUCAAUCCUUGGUGCGUCAUUACAAGUUUAAUAUGGUCAUGAAGAAUACCACAAAGCUUUGCUCCACAAAAUCAUUUGUAACAGUCAAUGGACAAUGCCCAGGCCCAACUCUCUAUGCAAGAGAGGAUGAUACUGUAAUUGUAAAGGUCACUAACCAUGUUAAGUACAAUGUUACAAUCCACUGGCAUGGAAUCAAACAGCUUCGAAGUGGUUGGUCAGAUGGCCCAGCAUAUGUGACACAAUGUCCAAUCCAGCCAGGCCAGAGUUUUGUCUACAACUUUACCAUCACAGGUCAAAGAGGCACACUUCUCUGGCAUGCACAUAUCACUUGGCUGAGGGCCACGGUGUAUGGUGGUUUUGUCAUUUUGCCUAAACUAGGAAUUUCUUAUCCAUUUCCUAAACCUGACAAAGAAAAGAUAAUAAUUCUAGGUGAGUGGUGGAAAUCAGAUGUUGAAGCUGUGCUCAAUCAGGCUGAGAAUUCUGGUCUGCCACCGAAUAUAUCAGAUGCCCAUACCAUCAAUGGUCAUGCAGGACCAGUUCCCGGUUGCAUUUCUCAGGGUAUUUAUACUCUUCAUGUUGAAAGUGGCAAGACCUAUCUGCUGCGUAUCAUAAAUGCUGCUUUGAACGAUGAGUUAUUCUUCAAAAUUGCUGGGCACAAGCUAACAGUGGUUGAAGCAGAUGCAUCUUAUGUUAAGCCUUUUGAGACAGACAUAAUAUUUAUGAGCCCAGGCCAAACUACUAAUGUACUAUUAGCUGCUAACCAAGGUGUUGGCAAGUACUUAAUAGCGGUUACUCCUUUCAUGGACGCCCCUAUCGGCUUUGACAAUGUGACAUCAAUUGCUACACUUCGCUACAAAGGCACACCAUCUUAUCCUAUAACAAUACCAACCACUAUUCCUCCACUGAAUGCAACUCCACUAACAAGUGGUUUCAUUGAUUCCCUAAGAAGCCUUAAUUCUAAAGAAUACCCUGCAAGAGUUCCAUUAACCAUUGACCACUCUCUUUUCUUUGCCAUAACUGUUGGGAUUAAUCCAUGUGAUACAUGUCUCCAAGGCACCAAGCUUGUGUCUGCUAUUAAUAAUAUCACUUUUCUAUUGCCAACCAUAUCACUUCUUGAAGCACAUUACUACAACAUUAAGGGUGUUUUCACAGAUGAUUUCCCUGCAUACCCACCUAUAGUUUUUAAUUACACCGGUACUCAACCCACUAAUAUUCAGACAAAUAAUGGCACAAGACUUUACAGAUUGAAUUUCAAUUCAACUGUUCAAAUUGUUCUCCAAGGCACUGCCAUGAUAGCACCGGAAAACCACCCUUUUCAUUUGCAUGGUUACAAUUUCUUCGUGGUUGGGCAGGGGUUAGGGAAUUUUGAUCCAGUGAAGGAUCCGUUAAGCUUUAAUCUUGUUGACCCAGUUGAGAGAAACACAAUUGGGGUGCCAAAUGGUGGGUGGGCAGCAAUCAGAUUCAGGGCAGAUAACCCAGGUGUUUGGUUCUUUCAUUGCCACUUAGAAGUACACACCACAUGGGGACUUAAGAUGGCAUUCGUGGUAGACAACGGGAAAGGUCCCAAUGAGUCCACGCUUCCACCUCCCAACUACCUUCCAAAGUGCUAAAGUUUCUGAUGCAAAAGGAAUGAAAUUUGGAAUCUGAAAGAGAAAAUGAGAGUGUACAUUACACUGGAGAAGUGAUGUCAAGGCCUAAGGGAAAGGCAUCAAUUUGUUUGUGGCAGUAUGUGAAGUUGUAUUUGUAGCAUAAAUCAAUAAAAAUUUGCUGUAGUUACCAAUUCAGAGGUUCUUUCUCGUCAGGU